AUGCCCAAACCAAGUUGGCUUCAAGACCUCGAGCGGGAUGGCUUUGUUGUUGUGCCGCAGGUUGUCCUGAAAGACGUGUGCGAUGACUUUGUCGAAUCUGGAUGGGCAUGGCUAGAAAGCUUCCCCCACGGAUUCCAGAGAGAUGCUAGAUCGACCUGGAAUGAAAAUUGUCUCCCUUUCGGCCAAAAGGGUGGUCUGUACAACCGAUGCUCAGUCAACCACGAAGCUUUCGUGUGGAAAAUUCGAACGUACCCUGGAAUAAUCAAAGUUUUCGAACAGAUAUGGGACACAGAAGACCUAGUUGUCUCCCUCGACGGAGUCAACAUUACUCUACCCAUCAGCAAAGAAUCUGGGAGGACUGAUAUCGAGCCAACAGAGCCCUGGCCUGAUAUUGACCAGGAUCCUCGUAAAGCCGAUCGAUUCGAGCUUUACCAGGGCAUCGCUAACUUCUCACCGUGCGGCCCACAAGACGGCGGUCUCUGCGUUCUCAAAGGAUCUCACUUGCUACACACUCGGAACUUUGAACAAAUUGGUGGGUUCAGGGAGAAGCAAGAUCUUGGUGUCGGCAAGAAUGGGUAUGACUUCACCAAUGAAGAUGCAGAUUGGUACAAGUCGCAGGGCUGCGAAGAGAUUAAAGUCUGCGCAAACGCAGGCGACUUGAUCGUAUGGGAUUCUCGUACUAUCCACUGGAAUGCGAGCCCGGCUGGAGAUCAAACUCGAUUUGUCAGCUACGUUUGUUAUGCACCGCGGUCUUUCCUGUCCGAGGCAGGUCUUGCGCGGAAGUUCGAAAUAUUUCAAAGUCGCAAGGGGACGACGCAUUGGCCACAUGAGAACGUGGUGCCCGCGGACCGACCUAACUACUUUAAUGCUAUUCCUCGCCGGCCUGAUGGUUCGGUCGACCCGGCGAAUAGAACGAGGCCUUUCCAGGAGCCGGAGGAGACUGCCUUGGUGAUGAGGUUGGUAGGGGCGCGGGGGCUAGUGUAGGGGUUAUGCUCAUCGGUGGUAGAGGGGCUGCCCAUCAAUAGCAGUACACGAUUAAAACAGCUGAGACGAUACGAAGACUCUUGACACACCAUAGGAUGUUACAUAAUAUACAAUAGCAUAUAAUUGUCUAGGUUUCACACGAUUGGACUAUAUAUAACUUCAAUAGCC